AUGCAGUGUGGCCAGACUGGGUUCGGUGUUUGGACGCCCGUGAGAGUUUGGAAAGCCGCAGGUGCAGGAAAGGUUGUGUGUACCCAGCCAUUGGACUCGAGCUCCUCGCGCAGUUGCUGGCAGAGAGCGGGUAUAUCCUUCGCAUGGGUCAUUCUCGUUGGCAGGGGCAAAUAUAGAGCACCAAGCCGACGGUGUCGUAGACUUUCGCAGCGACGCUCCUUUGAAGUAAGACAGCUGGGAUCCAGUCCACUGCAAGUCACCGAACCUUGCUUGGGUACGAUGACGUGGGGAAUUCAAAACAGCAAGGAGGAGGCUCACAAGCAGCUAGACUAUGCAAUCAAUGAGAGAGGCGUCAAUUUCAUUGACACGGCUGAAAUGUACCCAGUGCCAAACUUCGAUCCACAAUGGUGUCCAGGCCGCACUGAGGAGUACAUUGGGUCUUGGUUCGAGGAGAACCCUGGCUGGCGUUCCAAGGUGGUGUUGGCAUCCAAAAUUGCCGGAUAUUGGCCCAGGAGCAGGGCAGCAGCUCGCAGAAGUGAACCAGAAGGCGAUUCUGAAAGCUGGCCGGAUGCGCGGGCAGAUGCAGCAUCAGUCAGGCAGGCAUGCGAGGCCUCACUUCGCCGCUUGAAAACCGAUUGUAUUGAUCUAUACCAGAUUCAUUGGCCAGAUCGCUAUGUUCCCAUUUUUGGCCAAACGGAGUACAAGUGCGCAAACGAGAGGAAACCAGUCUUGAUUGAGGAAACAGCUGCUGCUCUCAAGGACCUGAUGCAGGAAGGCAAGAUCAAGGCCUAUGGUGUUUCCAACGAAACCACCUUUGGAGUUUGCGAAUGGACACGUGCAGCCCAAAAGCUGGACAUGCCACCACCAGCCAGCAUUCAGAAUGCCUGCUCACUUGUGGUACGCCUUUUUGAAUACGAACUGGCUGAAGCCUGUGCCACCUCAAAUUUCAAUGUUGGCUUGCUGGCAUAUUCCAUUUUGGCUGGAGGCUUGCUGUCUGGCAAGUACCGUGGAAACAAGCAGCCAGCUGAAUCUCGCCAUACAAAGUAUCCGAACUUCAUGUCCAGAUGGAAUCCAACCAAGGGCAUUCCACAACUUUCAGAAGCGGUGGAGGGCUAUGCAAUGAUUGCAGAGGAAAACGGAAUGUCACUUACGGAGCUCUCAACCCGUUGGUGCCGAACACGAUCUUACUGCAAGCACGGCUCAGUGAUCAUUGGCGCUACCAAUCUGGACCAGUUGAAGGAGAACCUUGAUGCCUUCGAAGGUGACGCAGGACUUUCGGAAGAAGUUCUUGCCCAGAUCGAUGACAUCCAUUUGAAGCUCCGCAAUCCCGGAACCUUCUUAUAG